CCGGGGAAGAGCGUCACGUCAGCAGACGUCGUGCGCGGAUUGGUAUGCUAGCUACAUUGAAACAAUCCGAACAACUGAAGCGCUCCAACAUUUUCUCCUUUUUGUAGCGCCGCAGCGCUUCACGGCGCUUUUAUCCCCGUCUCGGGCUUUCAGCUGGUUUACCGGAACACUUUCAGAGACGGUAAAGCGGAGAGCGCGAGAACUUGUCGGUGUGUAAGUUUUACCUCACGUUACUUUAAAGUCGGCGGUAUUAAAGGCGAGUGUGUAGCGGCGCUCGCGCACAACUACCGGAUUGUUUUCUCUCGGAAAUGUGUAGAAAUGUGUAGAAUCGGUUCGGUUUGAACCGGACGUGUGUUCGGUUCUACAAUCCGUGUGUCUCUCUCUAAUGAAAAAAAAACCCAAAACUAAACAAUAAGGUUGAAUAACAACCAGCUGUGUGGACCUGCAGCGAUGGUGAAGGUUCUCCACUGGUUCUUCACUGGUUCUUCACUGGCUCUCUUCUCCUUCAUGGACUUUUCCCAUUUGUUUUCAUAAGAAGUCGGUCAUUUGAUAAGCGACCCUUGUGAAGCAUGGUUCUGUGCCUCAUAAUCGUGCAAUCCGACACUGAUUCAGAUUAAAGUCCAUUGAAGUGAAGAGAGGAGGUAAGUGGAUGGUAAGUAAAAAGUCGCCCACAUGCUCUGGCUUUGGGAACUGGAUCAGAAAAGCAUUGAACCCUUGCAGGCUGGUGGAAGAUGGCUGUGCUUCCCGGUAGGAGCGGGUGAGAUCGGAACCUUAGGGCGCAUUGGAUCUAUCGAUAAAGAUCUCGACCCGGACCGAAGGACACAUGCAGGCCAAAAAGCGGUAUUUCAUCUUGUUCUCCGCCAGUGCCUGCCUCGUGCUGCUGCUCUACCUCGGUGGGGUGCAGAUCGUCGAAAGAAGCCCAGGCGGCGACAACCGGCGUGGCCCGGAAUCUCACUGGCCCAGAUUUGUCGAGCACCUCCAACCUUUCCUUACGUCGGAUCGCACGGUAAACGAGGACGGCGUCCGGACCUCACCGAGAGACAAAAGGGAUGCCAUCACCGGCAUGUACAAGGGCCGGAUGUGCCGCAUGGACUCGUGUUUUGACUUUUCAUUGUGCAGGAAGAACGGUUUCAAAGUUUACGUUUACCCUCAGGAGAAGGGCGAGAAGAUUUCCGAGAGCUACCAGAACAUUUUGGCUUCGAUCGAGGCUUCGAGGUUUUACACGUCUGACCCGGGACAGGCUUGUUUGUUUGUUCUUAACCUGGACACCCUGGACCGAGACCAGUUGUCCCCACAGUAUGUCCACAAUCUGAAAGCAAAGAUACAGAACUUGAAUCUAUGGAACGACGGUAGGAACCACCUGAUCUUCAAUUUGUACUCUGGGACGUGGCCAAAUUACACGGAGGACUUGGGUUUCGACAUCGGCCAGGCCAUGUUGGCCAAGGCCAGCAUCAGCACGGAGAACUUCAGGCCUAAAUUUGACGUUUCCAUUCCUCUGUUCUCUAAAGAUCACCCACGGACAGGGGGGGAGAGGGGGUACUUGAAGUACAACUCCAUCCCACCCUUUAGGAAGUACAUGCUGGUAUUUAAGGGGAAGCGCUAUCUAACCGGGAUUGGUUCGGAUACGAGGAACGCUCUGUACCACGUUCACAAUUCGGAGGACGUGGUCCUGCUCACCACCUGCAAGCACGGCAAAGACUGGCAGAAGCACAAAGACGCAAGGUGCGACAGGGACAACGCCGAAUAUGACAAGUAUGACUACAAAGAAAUGUUGCACAACUCCACUUUUUGUCUGGUGCCCAGAGGACGGCGUCUGGGCUCCUUCCGCUUCCUCGAGGCUUUACAGGCCGCCUGUGUUCCUGUCGUGCUCAGUAACGGCUGGGAGCUCCCCUUCUCCGAGGUCAUCGACUGGAACAUGGCGGCGGUCCUCGGGGACGAGAGGCUGCUUUUACAGAUCCCCUCCACCAUCCGCUCCAUCCACCAGGACAAGAUCCUUGCCCUCCGGCAGCAGACGCAGUUUCUCUGGGAGGCGUAUUUCUCCUCCGUAGAGAGGAUCGUGCUCACUACACUCGAGAUCAUCCACGAUCGCGUGUUGCAGCACCUGAGCCACAGCAGCGUCAUGUGGAACAACCUGCCCGGGGGUCUCUUCGCCAUGCCGCAGUACUCCUCUUACCUGGGACACUUCCCUUUCUACUACGCCUCGCUCGGUAUCAAACCACAUCAGAAAUUCACAGCAGUGAUCCAUGCUGUAACACCGCUGGUCUCACAGUCACAGCCCAUUCUGAAGCUGCUAGCGUCUGUGGCCAAAUCGCAGUACUGUGCACAGAUUAUCGUUCUGUGGAACUGUGACAAGCCUCUUCCUGCAAAGCACCGCUGGCCCGCGACCUCUCAGCCUGUCGUGGUGAUUGAAGGCGAGAGUAAGGUGAUGAGCAGCCGGUUCCUGCCCUACAGCACCAUCGUAACAGAUGCCGUGCUGAGUCUGGACGAGGACACCGUGCUCUCCACUACUGAGGUGGAUUUCGCCUUCACCGUUUGGCAAAGUUUCCCUGAGAGGAUUGUGGGAUAUCCAGCAAGGAGCCAUUUCUGGGACGUCAACAAAGAGCGCUGGGGCUAUACCUCCAAGUGGACCAAUGACUAUUCAAUGGUGCUGACUGGAGCUGCUUUUUACCACAGAUAUUACAAUUAUUUGUACGCAAAUUACCUGCCAGCCAGCUUGAAGAACAUGGUUGACCAGCUAUCAAACUGUGAAGAUAUCCUCAUGAACUUCCUUGUGUCUGCUGUCACCAAGAUGCCCCCCAUCAAGGUCACGCAGAAGAAGCAGUACAAGGAGACCAUGAUGGGACAGCAGACAUCACGAGCCUCUCGUUGGGCAGACCCGGACCACUUUGCCCAGCGGCAGACUUGCAUGAACAAAUUUGCCAGCUGGUUUGGCAGCAUGCCCCUCGUCCACUCCCAGAUGAGACUGGACCCCAUUUUGUUUAAGGACCAGGUGUCUAUACUGCGUAAAAAAUACAGAGACAUCGAGAGACUCUAACCUGAUAUCCAUGAGAGACUUUUUCCAAAAGGUGUAGAACAGAGCCUCGUGUCACCCCAUCUAGGGCUAUAACAAGAUGGAGGCGGUGGAACCCUCUACCAGGGAGCGAGCUGGUCAAGAAGAGAUGGAUGGAGGAGGUGGGGUUGGAGGCGGCUGUUGUGCUUAACGAAGUCCUGCUGUCAAAAAAUGUAUGACAUAUCAUUGUGCUUGUCUGAUACACAUCAUUUGUUUUACACUACAGCAGGGGUUAUUUUUUGGCAGUUGGACUAGCUUGGCACAACACACACACACACACACACACAAACUUCCCCUUUGUUCAUGUUGUACUCCUUUUGCCAAGGUUAACUGUGACCAUGGCCACCUUGGAUGCAACAGGGAGACAAACACACACAUAACCACGCACAGUCCUGGACUUGAACAGAAUAUGGUUAACAGGACCCUGAAGGCUUUUGACCAGAAUUCUCUCUCUAAUCAAAAUGCAUGAUGGGAUACACUCUCUAGCUCUUACCUGCAUGCUCGUUUCAUCAGCCUUUAGUCCUGGUCGAUUCUUCAGAGUCGGCGGGUUUCGCUACGUCCUGCAAAGCGACUGAACAAUGCGACAAUGUCACAGUGCCUAACCUUUCAGGGUGCACUCGGGAGUCCGAAUAGGAUUCGAACGAAAAAAAAAAGAAAAAGAAAAAAAAACGCCUCGGUCAUGCUGCUUGUAUAUCAGCCCAAAGUUCACUUUUUUUGCUGUUUUAUUUUGUUUAGUUUUGUUUUUCACCCUCACCAUCUCCUGUGAUCAUAAGCUUUAUCUCUGGUCGUAAGAGAUCCCGAUGUCGGCUCUUUAAAUCGUGAGCUUAAAUAAGCUUCUCCGAGCUAAACACGUUGCACAGUCAUUUCUGAGCCUGUAUAGAUGAUUGAAUCUUUUUGGAACUACAACACUAAGACAUUUGUCGCUAUUUAAGGUUAAAUACCUACACGACGUUCUUCUUCAGAGAGGCUUCACGUCGCCUGUACUCGCCAUUCGAUAUCUGUUUUUUUUUCCACAUAUCAGAAUAUUAAUUUGCACAUUUUUGAAAAUAACGAUCAUGAAGAAUACAUGCCGGUGCGGUCCUACGUGUGCUGUGGUAAUAGAUGUUAAAGAUAAGACGUUUGUUUGUUCGUUUCUUUUACAAGGCAAGUUUAAUAGACAGAGGAAACUUAUUACUGUUGUAGGUCCUUUAAUUGUUUUAUUGGGGUUGAGAAAUCCAAGAAAUCUGCGUGUAAGAUUAUUUAUCCUUGCCUCAUUUUAUAACCCAUUGAACAGAUGGACUCGAAGAGGUGUUAUCUAAAUAGGUUUGUAAUAAUAAAUCAUCUGAAGCUUUGCAGAAUCAGUACAGAAACCGAUUCCCCCAGUGAAGAUUAUACCCUGAAGUAUUAUAACUAAAAUCAGUCCUGAUCUUUCAUAUCACUUCUCAUUCUUCAUGUCAUUACCAACACCGGUUGUUCUUCCCAAGCCGAUACAGUGCCAUUCCUCUUUUUUUUUUUUUUUAAUGCAGGAUUUGCCAUAAAUAGGUUUCUGUCAUCGUAGUCAAAUUGAAAUUCAUCCCAAAUCUUUGGGCUAAAAAAAAAAAAGUAAACACAAUAAUCCAGUCUUAGCAUUAUUCAAAGCACAGAGUGCAACUGAAAGAGCUUUUCAAAUGUAUGAAAGUAAUUAAGUGUCCUGCUGUGGGUUCUCCACAAAACCGUCGCUUUAUAGAAAUGUCACAUUUUAUCCUUCACAUUCUCCGUCUGCUUUCUGACAUUUUCAAAGAUCUCUUAAUUACACGAACGUGCCUUUCUCGAGACACUUCUGAGUUGUUUUUCAUUCGACUUUAAUGGAAAACGCUCGUGUGCUCCCAUUCCUGUGUUGCGUCGGUCAGACGGACGUUUCCUGAUUCGCUUCCACUUGAUAGAUUUAUUUUAUUUUUUUUUUUGUUAGUUUGUUUGUUUACUUUGUCUAACACUGGAUUAUUUUUUCUUAUUGUUGCAGUAUUAUGCUGUGCUGACAUUCCUACCUGUUUUGUAGGAACACAUUGCUGUGAUGUCUCGGUUUCAUUUUGUUCUGUACCGCACUUCCUAUGUGUGUAUGUGGACUCAUGGCUCUUCUUUGCCCGGUAUGGACACCGAUGUAAUUCAGUGACAUUAUUUUACACAGUUACAAACAACAAUAUAGAACAAAUGCCAGUUUUUUAAGAAUGGUUUUAUAAGAAAAAGGAAUAAAUACAAUUUGCCUCA